UUGGACACGAGCCAUUGAGGGAGACGCACCUUCCUGUGACAAUGAAUUCACGGCCCAUAUUUUGAAUAAACAAGCCUCUUUGUCUUUAUCUCUGUAUGAGUAGAAUAUUAAAUAAAACCAUAUGACGACAACAAUAACAGUCAGGCGAAAUAACCAGGAAUAUGUUGUGCCUGCAAGUUCUUCUCAGGACGCGCAACCAUCCCCCUUAGCCCUUCUAGCAGCAACGUGCAGUAAAAUAGGUGAUCCUGCGACUGCCCCCGAGGGAGGAGCCACACAGAAUGGGGGUAAUGCAGUAAGAGUGGUCGGACAAGCUGGGGGUGCGGAAAUAGUUACACCAAACUUUAUACAGUUACCAUCGGGAGCCAUUGUAGACGCUAGUGGUAAACAGCAGUUUGGGAUCCCUGUUUCCAUAGGCCCUAAUGGUCAGAUUAUACAGCAAGCAGCCCAACCUCAACUGUUUGCAAAUGGAAAUGUACAGUACAGUGUUAUACCUUCUUACCCAACAAUUGGCAUUGACAGCCAGGAUGGAUCUGCUAUCAUUAUUCCAGCUUCUCCAUCAGCAAAUAACACAGGACAAGCUAUAUUUACUGGAGGACAACAAACUGUGCUGGCUGCACCUAAUGGUCAACUGAUCAGAGCUCAAGGUCUCCCAGCUAACAGUGUUAUUCCAAACAUGGGAUUUGCAAACUUGGCAGGGAAUGUUGUGAACUUGGGAGGAAAUUUAGUAAGUUUGGGCAAUGUCCAGGGUGGUCCAAGACCAGUCCAGGCUGUUCAGCUUCAGUCGCAAUAUCAACAGGUGCCCAAUUUUAUUCAGAUACCUGUCUCUAAUGGUCAAGCUGCAGCAAUGCAGGCUAUUCAGUUACAGUCUUUACCAGGAUUUCAGAUGGUUCAAGGUUCUCAAGCAAUUACAACUACUGCUAAUAGCAGUGGACAGACGAAUGCCGAUGGAACACAGACUGUGUCCAGUACAAGCACAGUCAGUAUUGCACCUCAGCCAACACAGCAGCAACAGCCUCAGACAAUUCAAAUACAACCACAAGUGCUUGAAAUCUCUAAUGUAGCAACUCCCUCAAAAGGCAGUGACAAUAAUAAUAGUAGUAAACCAUCUACACCACAGACUUUAACGAUCCAACCAAACCCUGUUUCAUCUUCACCACCGUCAACGACAGCAGCUUCAACGCAGCAACCUAACCAGGGUGCAAUCCCUCAGCUUCUCCCUGCCAGCGGUUCUGUUCCCAUCCAGCAGAUGCCCACGAUGGUGUACAAUGCUGCCACUGGACAGUUAAUUCCACUUUCUCAAGGGAUGAUAGUGUCUAAUGGACAAAGUAUUGUGAUGAAUUCUAUGCCACAGAUGGCAUCUAGUGUUUCAACGUCAACUGUCAGUACUGCAUCAUCAGCCCAGUCCUCUCAACCUGUCUCAGUGCUUCAACCAGGCCAGGUAAUUACCCCUCAGCAACUUGGCCUUCAAACUAUCCAAGGUCAGAAUAUCCAGUUCUCUGGUGCCCAACAGCCUGGUCAAGUCAUCACUGGUACACCUUGGUUAUCUGCCAUAAACAAUUUAAAUGUGGGCGGCAUUAGGCCACCAAACACAAUUCAAACCAUACAAGUUCCAAACAUGACUCUACAAAACCUUCAAGGUCUGCCUGCAGUGCAGAACUUUCAAGGGAUACAGACAUUUCAGUUGACACCUCAAGGGCAGUUGAUUGCAGCUGGACCUACCCCUAUCCAAUCAAAUCUUGCCGUAAACUCCCAGGGGGCGAUUACUAUAGCAGCCCCUCAAGCACAGACUACCCAGCAGACCCAACCUGCCCAGUCUCUGAGCCCACAGAUGUCCCAACAGUACACGGCAACUGUACAAAACAUUCAGCCCGCACCCCAACAAGCUCAGAUUAUCAAUGCAAAUACAGGACAGCCUGUGGCUGGAACCACCAUACAGCAGGAUCCAAAUGACCCUACUAAAUGGCAAGUAGUUCAAACCCCCAACAACCCACCUCUUAGUCCCACAGAACAGGGGAUAGCACAGCCAGGGAGGAGGCUUAGGAGAGUGGCAUGCACCUGUCCUAACUGUAAAGACAAUGAGGGAAGAUCUGGUGACAACAAGAAAAAGCAACAUAUAUGUCAUUAUCCUGGAUGUAAUAAAGUCUAUGGAAAAACUUCUCAUCUGCGUGCCCAUCUCAGGUGGCACUCAGGUGAACGUCCAUUUGUGUGCAAUUGGUUAUUUUGUGGAAAGCGCUUCACAAGAUCUGAUGAACUUCAAAGACACAGGAGAACACAUACAGGAGAGAAGAGGUUUGAAUGUCCUGAGUGUCAGAAAAGGUUUAUGAGAAGUGACCAUCUUACAAAGCACAGAAAAACACACAAAAACAAGAAUGCCCAAUUAGCUUUAGAUUCAAGUGAAACAGGGGAGGAGGGGGAGAUGGAGGUGUUUCCUGAGACCCUGACAGUGGAUACAGAGGAGGGACCGAUUCAAAUGGUGGCGUACGCUGGACAGCCCAUACAGCAGGUGGAAGAGGGGUGAGGAGGGACGUACUGACUUACUGGAAUUGUUAAAUUAUUAGGGCUUAUAUAAGGCUGCUAGAUUCCCAGCCCUGGGCUAUGUGCAAAGAGGGGUAGUGUCAGAACUGAAGGGAAUCCCCUCUCUAAUCAGAACUCCUUGCUUUAAUGAUCACGAAGCUUUUUCAUGGAGUAUGUGAUACUUUUGAUUCUGGUGAAUAACAUCAUACCCAAGAUAAUGGACAGACACAGUAUUUUUUUCCUCCCAUUCCAGCAUUUUAUUUAGAGGAUAUAUUGUUGGUAAUAUAUGUGUACAUUGGAUGUACAAAAUUAUAAAGUAAGAUAUAUUUUUAAUGUGAUGUACUUGUUAUGUUGUUAUAGAUGUUGUACAACUGUUAGUGGUCUUGCUGUAGUUGAAAACAUUUUUUUUUUCUGGAAUGGAAUUUAUUGUAAAGGAGGAAGAAUUAUUGCUGAUUUACAAUCAUGGAAGUAAUGUAAUUUCAUAGAAAAUUACUAUGGCAGAACAAUGUGAAAAAGACUAGGGAAACUGCAUUUGAUUAUUUUCAAAAAUGUUAUUUUGUGUGGUUUAUGAUGAAAAGUUGUACUGAAAAUUUACCUUGGAAUUUAAUGAAAGAUAGAUAAAGUAAUGCAACAAGUCUUUGCAGAGAGAAAAAGGGACAAAAAUAACCUUGUAAAUGAGCUCUUACAAAAAUUUAAGUUUCGAAGUUCACAUUUUCUUUAUGGACCAAUUCCACUUUUAAUUAAACUUUUAAAACCAUACUUGUAUUGGAGUUUUUAUAAUUUGACAAAAAAAAGAGGAUUACAUUGUAACCUUUUGCACUUUUUGAUGUCUCUUUUUCUUUACCAGAAUUUCUAGCUAUCUCUGCAUCAUGUUCUGUCAAAGUGAUUUUUUUUGUAGAAUUGUAGUAAAUGUAUUAGAACAAAAUUGCAGAAAAUACUUAUACACCAUGAAAUGUAUGUUUUAAAAAUUUACAGUGAUCUAUAAUUGAAUCUCAGAUGAAUAGAUUUGUAUCUCUUUAAGGCUAUAUGUCUCUGUCAUGAUAUGUGAAAUUAAUGUUUGAAUUUUUUAAAAUUUUUAAAAAGGAACUUGCAAUUUUGUUUUUUUUUUUAAAUGAACAUUAUUGCAAGUUAGUUGUACAUUACAGAACAUUCAGUGCUAUAUGCAGGUUGAAACAUUUAUAUUCUUAUACAUGUAUUUUAAAGCUGUCAAACAUUUUGAUAUACAUGUAAUUUUAGCUGUACACAUUUUAGGUGUUUAAUUUUUACAUGAACGAUUUUGUUAGGAUUUUUUAAAACAUUGCUUCUGUGUCCCAACGUAAAAUAAAGAAAUCAACCGCUCAGGCCUCAGUUUGU